AUGACUCAUCAAGAUUCUGCAUCUCUUUUAACAUUACCCGUUGAGCUUAUCCAUAUGAUUUUCGAUAAUCUGAGUGAUUUUACAAUUAUUUGUUCACUUCGUCAAGUGUGUACACGAUUGAAUUCGAUCAUGGAUGCUUAUCCUGGAUAUCAGGAACUCGACACUUUGUUUUUAUGCGAUGAAGUCGUCGGAUGCGACCAAAUAAAACACAUUGUUAAUGCACUACGAAAUAAUCCAACACUAACCGAAUUUCAUCUCAAUGCGAAUCAUAUCGGAGUCGACGGAGGAAAACAUUUUGCUGAUGCAUUACGGAAUAACAAGACACUCCUCACACUCGAUCUGGCCGGUGCUGGAGUUGGAGAUGAAGGAGCACAUCUUCUGGCUUUUGGAUUGCAAGAUAAUACGACACUCACAACACUCGAUCUCGGGUCUAACAAUAUUAAUGCCGAAGGAGCACAGUAUCUGGCCGAUGCAUUACGAAAUAAUACGACACUCACAACACUGAAUCUACGAGUCAAUGAUAUUGGAGAUCUUGGAGCGAAAUAUCUUGCUGGUGCAUUACAGAACAAUGCGAGACUAAUGACACUCGAUCUGGCACUUAAUGACAUGAGAGAGGAAGCGGUUGAACAUUUUAUUGUGGCAUUACGAGAAAAUAGGACACUGACAACAUUGAAGUUUGACUGGUACCGGGUGGAGCAAAAUCUGAAAGAUCGUUUAAAGAACCAGAUAAAAUGUAAUAAAAAAACAUAG